AGCAGCAGGAGGCGGCGCGCUCGGCCGCCGCGCACCGAGCCCCGCACCGGGCUGCGCACCGAGCCCCGCACCGGGUCGCGCACCGAGCGCCGCGGAGCCCCAUGGCGCGGGAGCUGAGCCAGGAGGCGGUGCUGGACUUCCUCUGGGGGGCCGGGGGCAGCGCCCCCAACGCCGCGCUGCUCCGCCACUUCCAGCGCUUCCUGCGCGACCCGGCGCUGCCCGCCGCGCAGCGCCGCCAGCGCCGCGACGACUUCAAGCGCCUCGUCAACUCCCUGGCCACCGUGCGCCCCGCCGCCGCCCCCGGCGCCUCCAAGGACAUCGUCCUCCGCCGCCGCUACCGCGACCUCCUCGGCGAGGAGCAGCUGCGGCCGCGGGAGCGGGAGGAGCGGGAGGAGCAGGAGCCGCCGCCGCCGCCGUCGUCGCCGCCCCGCGACCGCCCCCGGCAGCGGCGGCGCAGCCCCCCGGCGCAGGGGGGGCCCGGCGGGGGGCAGCCCCCCUGCGCCGCCCGCGGAGGCCCCUGCUGCGAGUGCCGCCGGGCGCGCCGCGCCGCCCCCGAGGAGCUGUCCCCCGCCGGGCCGCCGCCGCCGCCGGGCCCCGGGGCGCUGCCCUUCGCCAGGCCACCCCCGUACCGGGCCCGGCCACCGCCGGGACCCGGGGAGCCACCGCCGUCCCGCUGCCUGCCGCCGCCAGCGGGACACCAGGAGCCACCUCCAUCCCGGUGCCUGCCACCGCCGCUGUCGGGACCCAGGGAGCCACCUCCAUCCCAGUCCCUGCCACCUCCGUCCCAGUCGCUGCCGCCGCCGUCGGGACACCAGGAGCCACCUCUGUCCCAGUCCCUGCCGCCACCAUCGCAGGCCCUGCUGCUGCUAGGACCAGGACCCAGGGAGCCACCUCCGUCCCGGUGCCUGCCACCACCAUCGGGACCCAGGGAGCCACCUCCAACUCAGUCCUUGACCAAACCAUCAGGUCCCCGUAAGCCACCACCAUCGGGACCUGGGGGGUCUCCUCCAUCCCAGCACCUGCCCCUACCGUCGAGACCCAAGGAGCCAUCUCCACCACAGUCCCUGCUGCCACCGCCAGGACGUGGGGGGCUACCACCAUCGGGAACCAGGGCACUUCUCCCCACUGGGCUGUCCCGGUCCCUGCCGCUGUCCCUUGCUGGGCCACCCCCGUACCGGGCCCGGCCACCGCCAGGCCCCAGGGGGCCACCUCCAUCCCAGUGCCUGCUGCCACCAGCGGGACCCGGGGUGCUGCCCUGCAGUGGGCCACCCCGUUCCCGCUGCCCGCCACCGCCAGCGGGGCCUGGGGUGCUGUCCCCCCCUGGGCUGCUGCGGUCCCGGUCCCCGCUGCCAGCACCAGCGCCCGAGGCGCGGGGGCCCCCGGAGCGCAGCCCCCCAGUGACACCACCUGUCUUCAGGAGCAUCCGGUGCCAGCUGGCCUUGCUGGAGGUGCAGGACAUCCCCUCGUCGCUGCCGGAGGAGGCCGGGGGGCUGCCCGGCACCCUCCCUCGCAAGAGCCCCCCCGGGAGCCUCCCGGGCCGGGGGCCGUCGGUGCCGCUGGGGCGGCGGGAGCACGCCUGGCUGGUGGCAGUGUCAGCGGGGCGCUGGGCGCAGGUGCGGGGGCUCUUUUUGGAGGAGCCGCAGCUGGCCCUGUGGCGGGACUUCGUGUCGGGCUUCACGGCGCUGCACUGGCUGGCCAAGCACGGCGACGGGCAGGGCCUGCGGGAGCUGGCGGCGGCGGCGCGGGAGGCCGGGCUGGCCCUGGACGUGGACGCCCGCUCGGGCUGCGGGUACACGCCGCUCCACCUGGCCGCCAUGCACGGCCACCAGCCCGCCGUCAAGGUGCUGGUGCUGCAGCUGGGGUGCCGGGUGCGGGUACGGGACAGCAGCGGGCGCCGGCCCUGGCAGUACCUGGGCAGCUCCACCUCGGGGGAGAUCUGGCAGCUCCUGGAGGCGCCUCGGGGCAAGGCCAUCUUCCCCACGCAGCCCCUGGCCCGCAGCGUGUCCUCCGUCAGCAAGGCCUCGCUGCCCGCCGGCAGGACCUCGCUGCCCGCCUGCCUCUUGUCACAGCGCGGCCUCAGGGCGGUGCCCCGCCAUCCCGACAGCGACUGAAACGCGGCCCUGGGGGGCAUCCUGCGAGGGGAAGCCGGGCGGGUGCAAAGAGCUGUGAAGCUGAGGCUGAACCUAUUCAAGAGACUUUUAAAUUAA